GGAUUUUCCGUGGGUUUGCUGGGCUCAACAUACACACUGAAUUCGUAGUCUUUACGAGCUGCCUCGCUGCCAUUCAUCGUCCUUCAAACUCCCGACACCCCACGGUUUAUCGCACGUGCUCGCAUGUGCCCGCUAGAAAUCCGUGACAAUGACUUCAGCACCUUCCGAAACAGAGUCGCAGAAUAAGCGAAAAGCUUCGACCGCGGGCCUCUCUUCACGAGACCGACCCGUUAAACGAAGGGCUUCUCGGGCUUGUUGUUGCUGCCGUGCUCGCAAGGUUCGUUGCGAUGUGGUGGAGAAUGGCUCCCCAUGCACCAACUGCCGCCUAGACCAGGUGGAAUGCGUGGUUAUGGAAAGCAAGCGCCGGAAGAAAUCGCGCGUGGAGGCCGAGGUCAGUAAGCCUUCGCCAGAGUCGCCCGGGGAAUCCGCCGAGGACAUGGCCGGGCUGGGACAACCAGGCUACGGGCUGGACGGACUGGAGCAGCAUGAAGCUCUCUCGCCCUCGCAGCGGUCGGUCGAUCUGGACAUGAGUCAGCACAUGCCGCAUCUCAUCUAUCAAUCACGUGGCUCUAACAUCGACGCAGGCCCUCAGCAGUCGCAGAGACGCUCGAGUGUCUCGCAACCCGUCUCGAAUACCUUCAACCUGGGGUCCAAUGUCACCGAUGCCAUCCAGCAAUUGCUGGGAUCCCCUCGCUCGCGCAGCGUUUUGCCUGACUACAUCCGGGGCUUGCCACAACGCCUGCAGAGAGACGAUGUCGAAUAUCUCUCUGCCAAAGGUGCCUUGACGAUUCCUGACACAACACUCCGAAACGAGCUCUUGAAAGCGUACAUCCACUAUGUCCAUCCCUACAUGCCACUCCUGGACUUGGAAGAGUUUUUGCAGGUUAUUGCUCGCAAUGAUGGCAUCCACCGAAUGAGCCUGCUGCUAUUCCAAGCAGUCAUGUUUGCGGGAACUGCUUUUGUGGACAAUGAACAUCUCGUCAAUGCAGGCUAUUCGAGUAGAAAGGUUGCCCGCAAGGUCUUCUUCCAGCGAGCUAGGUUGCUCUACGAUUUCGACUAUGAGGUCGACCGCAUCUCCCUGGUACAAUCCCUUCUUCUCAUGACCUACUGGUAUGAGACACCCGACGACCAAAAGGACACCUGGCACUGGAUGGGCGUGAGCUUGUCUCUCGCCCACACUAUUGGACUCCAUCGAGACCCGAGUAACUCCGGCAUGGGACCACGACGAAAACAAAUGUGGAAGCGUAUUUGGUGGAGUACUUAUACACGAGAUCGAUUGAUAGCGCUCGGAAUGAGACGCCCAAUGCGAGUUAAAGACGACGACUGCGACGUGCCCAUGUUGACGAUAGAUGACUUUGAAUUUAAAUCAUUCCCUUCUGAAGUGUUAAGUAUGCUAGGGGACUGUGAAUUUUUGUACAACAUUGAACAGCAACGACAUCUCGCCAUGAUGUUCAUCGAAAAGUCCAAGCUGUGCCUCUGUGUCAGCAAUGUCUUGUCUGCUCAGUACUCGGUUUUGAGCCAUCGAUUCGGCGGCACAACCGAGACUACCAUGAUGCUUGUUCCAAAAAAAUCAAACACGGAGACCUUCCAAGUCCGAACUUGUGAUGAAGACCUUGAAAGAUGGCAAGCAAAUCUACCUGCUGAAAUCCAGUACAAGCCGCAAUCCAGCAAAGAAACUCUGUCUCCAGCGGAGUCAUCAUUGCAUCUUCACCGUGCUUUGCUGCGGAUGAUCUAUCUUACUACAUCUAGCGCUCUCCAUCGACCACAGGUGCUACCAGCAAGUCCGUUCCCAACCGUAGAAGCCGAGUUACAAGAAGUGUCGCGGAACAAAGUCCGACGAGCCGCUGUUGAAAUCACCAACAUCGCUCAGGGCCUCCACAAACUCGACCUCACUCGCUAUCUUCCAACAGCUGGCGUUACCGUCCUACUCCCUGCCGUUAUUAUUCAUCUGUUGGACAUCAAGUCCAAUGAUCCCAGCAUUCGGAUGGUCAGCUUGCAGCGUUUCUACCAAUGUAUGCGUAUUUUACAGCGUCUUCGUGAAAUCUACGCGUCUGCCGACUUUGCUACCUCAUUUUUGGAAGCCGCCAUCCGCAAGGCUGGUAUUCAACUCAACCUGACCGGAAUGGAUAGCAAAUCCAGUGCACCACCGGGAACGGUUCGCCCUACAGCAUUGACACCACCGCCAGAUUCCUUGGCACAAAAGCUGCCGGAUUUGACCUAUCCCCAGGCACCUACUGGCUUCCGCAUUCCUGAGAUGGACAGCAGCAUGCCCUUCAAUGCGGCGACCCCGCCACACUCGGAUGGCAGCGAAAACGGUAGCUUGCAGAAUUUGAACCCUAAUAUCUUCAACGACGAAAACAGACUCGCGUCACAACCUAACUUGAGUCUCAGUGACUUCAUUGGCCUGGCUAACGACGCUGAAGUGACGCAAAACGACUUUGAUGCUCUCCUCAACUAUGAAGAUGCGAACAAUGACUUGUUUGGUUCCGACGAAAGCAUGGAUCUGGGUAUGUCGAUGGAUAACCACGACCAAGACAAGGCCGACUUUGAUAUGAAUGAGUUUACAGCAGAUGGACAUAUACUUGGAUACGAACUUAACAAGAGGAGUGAUGGUAUAUCUAUGGAUUUCGAGUCAGACCUAGGCUUUGCAUUGAGGCUCUGAGCUCCCGAUUUCAGGUUACGAUGCUGAUGACGAUGAUGAAACUAUUCAUUCUAUCCAUUUUAAUUCAUUUCAUUGGGAUUGUAUUACAAUGAGUUUAAUGGCCUGGUAUAUACAAAAGUUGAGAUGACAGGCGGGACAGGUAUUUUGAUUUUGAUUUUGACAUAUUUUGAUACAUGGUGUUUGUAAGGCGGAUGGCGAUGAUCUUUUUUGCAUUACAUUUACUGAACAUUAUCAUUCAAUAAAAGAACACUUUACAAAAGCAUCACUUCCUAACCUCCUGACCCUUUCACAUGUCACUAACUCCCCUACCCCUCACAAUCCCAUAAAUAAUGACCGGCAAACAUUCCAUUCAAUCGCCUCUAAUCUAAACCUGGUCAAGAUUAAAAGACACCCCUGAACUAGUUCCCUAUUUC